ACUCGCACCGUCGGUUCAUAAGUGUACGCUCCACGCCGGGAGCGUCUACGUGCCCUACUGUCGGUUAUUUUGGUUAAAUCUUUUGUUUAAGUCCCUGUAUGCUUUGAUUGUUGCUUAUUACCGAAUUUGAUGCCAGCAUGUGGCCCUUUUCCAGAUUCCGAUUGGUGUGGGCGCGGUCGACUGUCUGCUACUCCCUGCUAGCUAUUCGAUUAUCUGAAAGAAAAUCGGCUUCCAUUAUUAACCCAUAAUAAUAUAGAUGUUGAUGAUUUGGAGGGCAUUCUCGUCUGGGAUCUCUUCCUUCGGGUUGGGAUAUCUGAAUCGACCUGUCCCUCUUUGUGUAUCAAAUGGUGCAUUGCAAUGUGAACCGGUGAAAGCUGGGAACUAUGAAUUAGCAAGUGCUUUUGUGAAUCAGCACACUGGCAGUUUGUAUAUGUUCAUGCACUUCCAGUUUUCUUCCACCAUGCUAUAACAUACAUCUAUAGGGAAGCCAUUCAGCAUGCAUUGCUACACGCCAAUUUCUGAUUACAAUUUCUAACUUAGUGAUUUACAGAUGGGCUGUAAACUUACAAACUCAGUAGCUGGCCUCGUAAACAAUUAUUCGCUUAACUGGUUCAUGAAACCUUGUAAAUAUUUUGUUUCACAUGCUGUAACAGGGGGAUAAUUCCUGUCCAUAGCAUACAGCCUGUUAUGCGGCCCUAUAAACAUGUUUUGCACUCUGUUUACCAUCCAAGCACCCCAGACACUAUAUAUGUGUAAAGUGUAAAAAAAAAAUGUUUUCCCCGCUCUAACGUCUGGGAUGCGGUUCAAACUUUCUUUUAUGUUAAGCUAACAUAAAAGGCUGCGGCCUAUAUGCAGUGUGUGCUCUCAGUUACUCAGUAGUGGGCAUUCAGUGGAGAUCUAGGCUGCGGGCUACAUGCAUAUUUGCAAGCAAUACCAAUAUUCCUGGCUCUUUUGUGUUGUGAAAACCUGAGAUAUUUUUAUUCGUUCAAGCAUGGCGAGAAACAAGGAUAAUUCAGGUUUACUGCCUACUAUUUGUUUUUGUUUACAUUACAUACAAUACAACAACUAAGGGUGGUACGGCAGUACCAUAUCCCUAGUAUGUGCAUAAUGCAUUGCCACUGAGGGGAACACUUCAUGUGUCAUUUGACUUACAUACAAUUCAUCGACGUGAAAAUAGUAUUUUUUUUAGAGGAAAAUAGUAUUUCUGUAUGUUGUUUUUAUAUAUAGGGAAAGUAAGGAGAAAUUUAUCAGGAAUUGAUCAUUGAAGUACACGCAUGUGUUUAAUAUAUUCUCAGUUCCGAGAAGACACAUGCUAGUUCAGAAGAGAGAUAUGCGACUAUCCUUUUGGUAGUGUGUCAUGGAACAAAUUCCUUAAAAAAAUCAUGCGACUUAAUUUCUAAUAAAGAUAUGGCCAGACAACUAGCUCCUUCGCAUAAUUUAUGUGUAGUUAAUUACUCAAAAAACACAUAUGCAGCACACUGGACAUGGCAUAUAUCAUUCUGGAUAAGAGUGGAGACAAGCCCGGGAAACCAGGGUGGCUGCCCGAGCUGUGGAGAUGAGGUUUAGUAGUUUUAAGCUUGGCCCUGGUUGUAUCUUCCUCAAUUUCACACUCCCAAUCCUAGACUGCAAUGACCCCGAGCUUGGUUAAAUCAUUUCUCCACCACUGUUUCUGGAAAUGAUGAAUAAUUAAUAGCAUGUGUAUAUCUUGCUUUUUAAGGAAUUGGCCCUGUACCUUUUUAUCGAAACAAUAUCUUGCUUUUUAAGCAAUAUUGCCAGCCAUGUGUGAUGUACCAUCGCAAACUCAAAUUCACCACCAUGCAUUGAUUAUGUGAGAUAUCCCCACGACGCCUGUGCACAGAAUGACUCCUAGUACUAGAUUUCUUGUUAUGCAUGACAGCAUGCUGUAAAACCGUUGCAGUUUAUACGUGAUGUAGUUGACCAAUGAUUGCCUUAUUUACCUUUCAGACUUUUGCCUGAGAAAUUAUCUUAAAACAGCACAUUACUUCACUGACACCAUUGGUAUGUUUUGACAUUCCAAAGUUGAGACCCUCUAGGACUAGGAAGUUUUAAUGGUUGUAAGUUGUUACUGAAGUAUCAAUAUGUUUGCCAGUUAGUAGGUGAAUGGCAUGUUUGCUUUGUUUAGGUAUCUAUCAUUAUGUUUGCCAGUGUGCCAAAGGAAGGCUAUGGUUGGUCUUGGUCUGUAUCAGAUGAUGGAUUUGUUCGUGGGCUUUUUUUUUGCCUAUGGUAUUGGAAACUAAAAGCUUAUCGUCUCCUUUUUCGUAACUAUUUUAAGUGGAAGCUAUUUCAAUACAACAAAUAUCCAAAUCAGGUACGGAAUCCGAUACCGGCACAACAACACACAAAAGUAUCGAGGACCUUGGAAAACUUAGGUUGGCAUACUACUCUUUUGGUAAAUGACAGUGCACAUUAAAUAUGGUUAUUACUGAACUGUUGUCCCAUUUGGGUUAACCAUAGGGUGUAUAUUGCCUGUGAAUUAGUUGAUUUGUUUUUGCCAUAUACUGUUUGAAAUGCAGGUCGAGUCACAACAAAGAGUGUGUAAAAAGCCAGUAUGGUCAGAGAGAACAGAUAGCAUGAAGUCAUGAUUCAUAAGGGUUCAUGUCUUUACAUGUUCUUUACAUGGGAAACUGAAGCACAAGAGGACAAAAUAAUGAUGAGGUUCACAUGUAUUGCCAAAACAGUAUAUCUUGUUCAACUUCCACUUUGAACGCCGAAAUACAAGUCAGCUUUGAAUAAGGAUGGACACUACUCCUUAAAUUCUUGUCUUUUUCUAACUUUAUUGCUAUAUAACACCCUAUGUUUUGCCCUCGGUGAAGGUCUCACUCCAAAAGAAGGUAUUAGAUCCAUCAUAAACAUUGUAGCCUCCUCUGCUUACCAUAGGGUCACACUGACCUGCAAUGGAAAAUGGUUCAGUUUUAGUUCUUGAUCAUGAUCCGGUAUCCCUGUUGGCCAUCUCCGACACACUUGCGAAAUUCAACUUCAAAGUUCUGCCCUUCCAAGCAGCAGAAGAAGCCCUCGAUUCCCUUGAAAGGGGGGUUGUUAAGGGUCAGGAGCUUGAUUUGGUGGUAGCGGAAGUUCAUCCUGCCAAUACAGCGAAUGAAACUUUGGUGGUGUUUCACCAGAUUCUGGAGGCAUUCGGAGUGCCUUUCGUCACAAUGUGUGCUUAUGAUGAUGUAGAGGCAGUCUCUGAACGUAUGACCCUAGGAUCAUGCUUCAAUGUGCUUAAGCCGUUUGGCACCGAAACCGUCAACAUUCUGUUGCACAAAGCACGGCAACACAAAUCUAAAAGGGUGCUACCUGAGGGAACAAGCAUUCCAAAGAAAACCCAAGGUAGAAUGGAUUCCUCAUCUGCUAAAAAUCACAGGUCUGAAACUGAGGGCGAAGAACCUUAUGUGUUCAAAGCACAUAGCUCAAAGAAGCUGUGUCGGUUCACGUGGACCAGUAAGCUCCAUGAAAGGUUCUUGCGGGCUGUUCAAGUGCUUGGGGAGUUUGCUACGCCUAGAAACAUUCGUCGGUACAUGAAUGUCAAUAAUUUGAAUUUGACCUUGGGGAACAUAUCAAGCCAUCUCCAGAAACAUCGGCUGCGAGAGCAGAAGGCGAAGCAAAAAAAGGAGGAACCUAAAAAGUAUGCCGGCAUUAAAAAAUUAUCUAACCUGAUUACAUCAUCUCACAAGGAAGCCACUCCUGAACCCAUUAAUCAUCUGAUGACCACACAGAGGCAGAUCACACAUGGGGUUGCCUCUGCUACCUGGGAUAAGUACCCUGGAAAUCCGUGGGCACAAGUGGAGGAACGUUCACCCGAAGAAGUUUUCAAGACCUGCACGUGCAGAGCUGCAGUUUCUAAACGCCCUGCCAUGUCCGUGUGGGAUAAGUACGAGGAGAGCCUGCAGUGCUCUGGUGAAAGCCCGCCGAGAAGGAUUUCAUUGACGUACCAACCGAAGGCGCUGUCUCUGAAGAGUAAAGCUGUUGACGGAUAUGGAGGAAUUGCGUAUGUAUCCCCAAUUGUUGCUGGUGAAACAGGUUAUGGUGCACCAGCAAGCGUACCUCUGGAGAGCUCUGACCAGGACAGCAUGAUAACAAGCCUGCUUCAGCAACUGAAAGACACCAGUCAUACUGAAGCUGCAGUCAAUAAUGUCAACCUGGUGGGCCUGCAGGCUUGUUGUUAUACCAUGAACCAGGUGCACACCGCAGUUAAUGUACAUAAAGAUACUAUUAACCAGGUGCGCACCACAGUUGCUCCGCUCGGAAAUACCAUGAAUGGGGUGCACGCUGCAGUAAUGGUCGCUGAUGGUCUGGUGAAUCUAGGGAGCAAUGACCUGCUUGAUGGUACAGGCAGUUCCCACUCCACUGCAGAGAAGACACCAUCUGAUUCAGUUUGUAGCUGGGAAGAAACGGAGGCAUUUCUGAUGAGCCUACUGGAAGGAGAAGAGCAGGAAGGCAUUGGACCAGGCGACCUACCCCCGGUAGACGAUGCUUGGAAACAGAUGCUCCAGCCAGUGAACGUAGAUGUUGCUCCCGUGGCUCAAACGGGUGAUGCACCUGCUGCUGCUCAAGAACCCUCAACUGGCAAUGUUCUGGCGUAUGAUUCUGAGUUUAGCAUUGGUGAUGUGCUGGUCUGGAGCCCUCAGUUUGCAGGUGACCUAUGCCAUGUGCCGUUCUAGUCCAGGAAGAGAGGUAACUGAUGGUAACUCUUAAGACUGAUGAACAAUAAUAAAAGUUCCUGGGGAGAAAACCCCGGAUGAAAUAAGGAAGAACUGCAGAUAACUAUGCUCAGGCAAAGCAUAUGUUGUUGUAUGCAGGCAUAUCCAGUGCUCUGUGAACACUGGUUGAACCUAUUAUUGGCUGUUCUGUUUCCAAAUGUUUUACAUAUUGUACUCUUCA